AUGCCAGAAUGGAUUCUUAGCGAGCUGAUCGGAAGUCAAAGCAAGGCGAUUGAAGGUAAAACAGCCGCUGCCCGGAAGUUGUUGGCCGGACUCAAGAAAGUGGCAGCCACCAUCGUCGCCGAUUUCCGUCUUCUCCAGGUCAAGACUGUCCUUUUAAGACUUAUCUCAGAAGAGAUGAGGCCUUUUGAGUCUCUAAGGCAUAAAACAUUAGCUGUGGUGAAGGCUAUCUCAAGGGUGCAGAAUCCAACAGAUCACGGGUUUGAUGAUGAAGAACAACUGAAUUUGGAUGUUAAUGGGAAUGCUGUAGACAACAAUCAAGAGGAGGUCGAGGGGGCUGCCAAUGAACCAGAGAAAGAGACUCGUCUCAAAAUUCAACAAAUUCUGGAUACUGGCUGCCCAGUCAUCCUGAUGAUAAAUGAAGGUGUGAAGACUUUGGUUACAGGUCAAGCUGCGUUUUCAAGACGAUGGUAG